CUUGCGCUGUUUUGUUCGCGGUUAAUCCGCUCCUAAUCCUAAAUAAUCAAGCCAGUAACUGCUAGGAAUUUCCGACGAUUGUUUGAGGUGUCUGUGUAACGUGCGUUCACCAACUGCCAGUUAUUGUCAACUAUUUGAUAUUUGUUCUUUGCGUGCUUAUCAACUGAGCCCCUUAAUCGGGUUAAAAUUCAAAUACUUCGCUAGCAGUGCGUGCGGGUCGUUACCAUUCUUUGACCAGAUCCAAGUGCUCAGUUUCCCGGUAGAUCUGGGGCCCCUUAAGUCACCAUGGCGAAGCGCCUCACUGAAGAAAUGGUGAUUGCCAGGACCAAAAUCUCCGACCUGUCCAAGAUCAAAAGACUGAACUGCUGGGGCAGCGAAUUGGUGGACGUCUCUCUGCUUAGGAGGAUCCCUAAUGUGGAAGUCCUCUCAUUAAGCAUAAAUAAAAUCGACACUCUGGUCGAUUUCCAAUUCUGCAAGCGCUUAGAGGAGCUCUACAUCAGACAGAACGACAUCCGGAACCUGCACGAAGUGGUCUACUUGCAAAACUUGACGAAUCUGAAAAACCUGUGGCUGGGCGAAAAUCCUUGCUGCAACACCGAUGGGUAUCGGCUGGCCGUAAUCAAGGCGCUGCCACAGCUGCAGAAGCUCGACAAUGUCGCCAUCACUCAGGAGGAGUUGCGCGACUCACAGCGACGUGGCAAAGCUCUUUGUCACCCUGAGGACGCGCAUGAAGAAUCCGAAGAAGAGUAUGUGGCAGAGUCGCCCCCUCAGCAGCACCCACGUUACCAAGAGUACCCCGAGCCCGAGUACAGUCCAGUGCAAAGAGGCUCCCCGAGACAAGAGACUGAGUAUGCGCUGGAGGACAGCGAAGAUCCGUACCCGCGCGAAGACGUUUCUGAAGAGAGUCGCGACUAUUCGCCGCCACAGCGCCAAAGUCCGCAGCGCCGACCGGAGCAGCGCAGAAGCUACAGUCCGGAUGAACAGUGCGUCGAGCGACGCAGAAACAGCUUCGACCGCGAAGCUCCGAGACAGCCAGCCACUCAGUACUAUGACACAUCCUCUUCAGCUACUAACUCAUUUGAGGAGCCGAAAUCAUGCGACAGUCAAAACACGUAUCGAGAGGCGAAAAUUGUCACUAGCCAAUCAGCUAGCUGCAUAAAGGAAUACACAAACGGCGAUCGCUACAUCCAAACGCAACAAUACAAAGAGAGCAGCGAAGUGUCGUCCACGCACGGCCUGGACAAGCGCUAUUCGUGCUCUGCGGCAGUUCAUCGGCCGCCCUUUACGCGACGCCCAGUCACCCGAAACUCCAACAUCCUGUCAGCCGUACUUUGCUUGGUCAAGGAGCUGGACUACCCCAGCUUGGAGGUGGUGGAGAUGGCCGUCAGGUGUCGCAUGGAUGAGCUGGACGAAUGACAUCAUCCCACCGAGGAUGGCGGCAAUUCAAAAACCAAUAUUUCCGACUCAAGCAGCCUUACAUGUGCACUGCCAAUGCUCCCACCCUCUUAGCUUGCCCAAAAGGACUGUACAAGUGGUCCAGUCAGUCGAAUUUUAAUGUACAUAUAGGACUUGAUAAUACUUAACUUAACGCUCAUUGGGGGCUGUCAGAAUAACCCGCCCCCCUAAGCUUUAACUGAUGUGCAAUAGACAGUGCUGUCGAACAAA